ACCAUUUUGCGGGGGGGAGCGGCGGGAGCGGGACCGGCACCGACACCGGGACCGCGACCGGGAUUGAGGGCGCGACACCGGGAUCGCGGCCGGGAUCGGGAUCGGGGAGCGGCACCGGAGGCGGCGGCGGCGCCUGACGGGGGAGCGGCGGCUCCGCAGGCGCGGCCUGAGGCGCUGGGCCCAGCGCUCCCGCUCGCUCCGGGCGGCCUCAGCGGCCCCGGCGGCCUCAGCCCGGUCCCCGUUGACUCCGCUCCCAGCCGCGGCCGUCCCGAAGCGCGGCGAAGAUGUCGCGGCCCGUCAGGAACAGGAAAGUGGUCGAUUACUCCCAGUUUCAGGAAUCAGAUGAUGCUGAUGAUGAUUAUGGGAGAGAUUCAGGUCCCCCAUCCAAGAAAAUCCGUUCGUCUCCCCGAGAGGCCAAAAACAAGAGGAGAUCUGGGAAGAAUUCUCAGGAGGACAGUGAGGAUUCAGAAGACAAAGAUGUGAAGACUAAGAAAGAUGAUUCACACUCAGCAGAUGAAGAUUUUGGUAGUGAAGACGACGACGUAGGAGCUGACGAUGGCAAAGCCGACAGCGACUACGAGAGCUCUCAAAAAAGCAAAAAAGGAAAGAAAGCUAAACCAGACAAGAAUAAGAGAGCAGCCUCCAAAUCCAGGAAAAGACCUGCAGAGGACAGCGAGGAUGAGAAGGAAGAUCACAAAAGUGUUCGUCAGCAGCGGCAGGCGGCGUCCAAAGCAGCCUCCAAACAACGGGAGAUGCUCAUGGAUGAUGUGGGCAGUGAGGAGGAAGAGCAAGAGGAUGAUGAGGCACAGUUCCAGGAGACAGAUUCAGGAAGUGAUGAAGACUUCCUCAUGGAAGAUGAUGAUGACAGUGACUAUGGCAGUUCAAAAAAGAAAAAUAAGAAGGUCUCCAAGAAAUCCAAGCCAGAGAGGAAAGAAAAGAAAAUGCCCAAACCCAGACUAAAGGCUACAGUGACCCCCAGCCCAGUGAAAGGCAAAGGGAAGGCAGGUCGCCCCACAGCUUCCAAGGCAACAAAAGAAAAGACCCCAUCCCCCAAAGAAGAGGAUGAAGAGCCUGAAAGUCCCCCAGAAAAGAAAAAAUCAGCCAGCCCUCCACCAGAAAAAUCAGGGGAUGAGGGAUCUGAAGAUGAAGCACCCUCUGGUGAAGAUUAAAAUGGCAGUUGAGGAAAAUCUUUGUUUAAAAAAAAAAAAAAAGAGGAAAAAAAGGAAAAGAAAACAAUACUUAGGGGUAGAACACGGUUUUGGCUGUGGCUUGACUCAUGGGCUUUGAAUGCUGUCUUUACUUUCAGCUGUUUAAUACAGUGUAUUCUUUUUUAAUAAGAGGAAACCCUUCUACAGUAAGAUUUUGAAGUCAGUGUUCUCUGUUGGCCAUUCCGUUCUCCCUCCCCUGCCAAAUCUGAAAAGCCAUUUGAGACAAAUUAACAGACCAUUCAAUAUUUUAUUUUUUUUUUUCCAAGGGAUACUGCAGUUGUGAAGCAAUAAGGUUUGAGACUGAUCUGUGGAAACCAUACUUACAAAUCCUUAAGUAGAAUAGAUUUUCCCAGUGCUGGUAAGAGCUGUUUAAAACUAUUAUUCUGUAUUUGGAAUAUAUGGGGGAAAAAAGAAAAGGAACUUGUGCUUUAACAGACUUGGAGAUGAGUUCACUCUCAGCAGAAAUGUAGUUGAUGAAAUUCCAAUGGAGGAGGAUGGAACACAGGGAGGAAUCCUGUGUUUCUUGGAUUCAGGCACGUUUUUCAUGGAAAGCAAUCAAGAAACUCGGAGAUGCUCCAGUGUCUUUGGUUUAGAAAAGACCCUCCAGUCAGGAUGGGAGAUCUUUUGUCUCUGCUGGAUAGAAUACUGUUCUGCUGUAGGCAAACUGCAGCCCAUUCCAGACAAAAUUCAGAUAUUAACCUACAGCCUUCCCACAUCCGUUCACCCUUACUUUAUUCCUUCUGUAGAGGGACAAAACAGGGAAGAGAAAUGGCAAAAUCACUUCUAAAACUGCUUUCCAUUGGAUAUCAUGGAAAAUGGGCUUAUUACAGAUUCUUCCCAGGAAAAAAAAAACAAAUUAAUGGGUAAUAUAAAAUGAAAUUCUUCAGCUUACGGGGCGAGGGGUGUCCUUUUGUGGGUGUGAGCAAAGGGUUCCUGUAGUGCUCUGGUCACUUGGGAUCCCAUGAGUCAGCCUUGAGGGGUUCUGUUCCCUCCCUCCUGCCCUCAGCAGAGCUCCAGGGAUCCCUGGCAGAGGGGGCACAGGGACACUGAGCACUCCUGUGCCCACCCUGCUCCCUCUGGGGUCUGUGGGAUCAGCUCCCAUCCUGUGUGUGGGGUCUGUGGGAUCAGCUCCUCACCCCUUCCUGCCUGGGGGAUUUACUCAAUCCCCUCCUACUUGUGGGAUCUGCUCCCCUUCUGCCUCUGGGAUCUGUGGGAUCAGCUCCUCACCCCUUCCUGUGGGAUCUGUAGGAUCAGCUCCUCACCCCUCCUGUGGGAUUUACUCAGUCCCCUCCUGCCUGUGGGAUUUACUCAGUCCCCUCCUACUUGUGGGAUCUGAUCCCCUCCUGCCUGUGGGAUCUGUAGGAUCAGCUCCUCACCUCCUGUGGGAUUUACUCAAUCCCCACCCUCCUGUAGGAUCAGCUCCCACCCCUCUAAGGGAUCUGUGUGGGGCACUGGAGCUGGGAGCAGCUGCAGUCAGGAUGUCCCUGUCUCCCUCAGCAUUUUAUUUUUUUUUUUUUUAAUCCAAGCAGCCAUAUCCUUUCUUCCUUUUUCUGUUUUCUAAACGUUAAACUCCACAACCCUUGGUUUUCACACCCUUACACAGAAUUUUCUGCCGAGUUUGUUGGUGGAACCAUUGAAAACUGGACCUGCUGUUUUUAUUUUUAUUUUUUCCUUAAACCCUCUGUGCUUCUGUCUGUUGCUCACACUCUCUUCCAGCUGACAAAUUCUGCAUUUUUCUUGUGUUUAUUAUUUUUUUUAAUCACAGAAGUACCCAUUUUGUAACCAGCCUCUCAAAGGUAACUAAUAAGGCAGCUAAUUAACGAGUUUGGGAUUUCUGCUGUACGUGGCAGCAGAUUUAGAAUUGUUUUUGGGAUUUUGGAGAGUUCUUAAGAGGUGACACACUAAAUAUGAUCAGGAAGGACCCUGACUCUGUAGGAAGCUGAAGAUGCUGAGCACAGGUGGGGAAUGGAAUAUUCCUCCAGCAGCUGAGUAAUUGUCCCUGUGUGAUUCCCUAGCCCUGGAUUUUCUUGAGGCUGGUAAAUUCCUUUAUCUUAUAAAAAUUGGAAGUUCUCUAACAUUCUUCACUCUCAUGGAACUACUGUUGCAGUUACAAUAAAGAUGAUGUAUCAUUGUAAAUCUUUAAUUUUAUUUUUUAAAGUGCUUUGAUUUUUUUUUUUAUUUUUUUUUUCAGAACAGCUCCAGGCUGCAGGGAAAUCUCAGUCUUGAAAAAGAAAAUGUAAUCUCCUGUCCCAAACUUCUUCCCACCUGCUGGAUUUCUGGGAGAGCAGAAAUUCCUUCAACUACUUGAGUAAUUCUGAGAAAAUAAACAGCCACAUUUUAAAAAUAAAAAUCAUUUGGGGGGGUAACAAACUCUUGUGCAAAUCUGAUUCCCAGAGUUGUUCCCUGCAGCCCAGACUGUUUCAAGCUCCAUUGGGUUCUUAGGUUUUGGGUUUUUUUUUUUUUUUUUUAAUUUAAGUGUACAAGGAGAAUUCCAGGUGAUCAGUUCUUGGAUGUUUUCUGAAAUGUAUUUUGUGAUUCUCACCUAAAAUAUAUUUUUUCUAACAUGGUUAAGGGGGAGAAAAAUCCUUUAUUUGUUUCAGUUCAGCUUUUGGUUUGUUUGAUCCUGGCAAGUUUGGCCCUGUCUUUUCCAAAGCUGUUCUGCUUUCUGCCACGUUCAUUCCUGAUGUGUUGGAGGCUGCCUGAUGCUUCUGUGUCUCACAGCCCAAACACUCUGAAAAUCCCACAUUUUGAGGAUUCUGUAAUUUCUUCUAAACCUGUUUUGCUGAUUUAAGCCCUAAUGAUGUCUAUUAGAAAUACAGCAAAUAAUUUCACGUUUUUACAGAUAGGAGAAAAUUGUCAAGGUGAAUUUUUUUUAUUACUUUGUUUAUUUUUAACAUCAUUUUUUCAGCAGCAGCAGACUUCAUCUUUUAAAAAACCCAUUGGAAUUAAUUAGCAUUAAGCAUUCUGGAAGGAAAGCUGGGAAAAUGCCUUUCUUGAGGAGCAUGAAGAGAUUUUUGGAGGAGCUGAAAGUUUCAUUCACAGGAGGAAGAGGCUUUGAGAAGAUUCUCUGUCCCACAGCUGUAGUUCUGGAGCUUUGCAGAGAGAGAAAAUGGAUUUAUUCCAAAAUUCAUUGAGUCUCCAGCCCUGCCCUGGUCUUGCUGUUAAAAUUUCAGCUCAGAGCUUCCAUCCUGUCCCUGAAUCCAACCACCACAGCCAGCUCUGGUUUAUGGCACAAACAGUCAGAAACCUGCAAUUCCUGCUGGGAUUUUGUGCUGAAGAUGGUUUGGUUCAGUUCCAGGGGGGUCAGCAGGAGAAUGACCUGAGCUAGGGGGGUCAGGAGGGGCUGAAAAAUGGAGCAGCUGAGGAGCUUUUAAUCAAUUUUAAUUUCCUCCAGGCAGAGAGAGAGGGGAGAGAAGCAGCAUCACCAAGGCAGUGGCACAAAUCUCAAAUUCCUGGGGUGUUUUUUUUUUCUUUUUUUCCUUUUUUUCCCCCCCUUUUUUUUUUUUUUUUAAUUCAGUUUUUAAAUCUUCCCUCCCCUGAUGGUCACAAAGGUACAAAAGCCACUGAGGCAGCCAGGUGAGAGAGAGGGAGGGAAGCAAUCUGUACCACGCUGGAAGCUUUUUGGAGCUGUAGAAAACUGGUGCUUUGCUUUUUUUUGUCCUUUGUUUGUGAAGCGUUUAUUUUUCUAACAGAUCCUAGCGUUGAAUACACGGUUCCUAAAAGCUACAAACUGAUGCAGGAGUUGUAAUAAUUAGAUUAAUUCAUUCAUCUGUUGGAGGGGGGAGGAAACGGAGCAGUUUUGAGGGACGCUGUCACAGAAAUGUCGGUGGAAUUUAGGACGUGUGAGUUUGGGGAGGGGGUGGUUGUCACAUCCUUACCUGGAAAUGAUAAACUCCGUGUUUAUCUGACCAAACAGAACAUUUCCCCUCAGCUUUGAGUGUUUCCCUGCAGUUAUAGGAGGCUUAAAUCCAAGUGCUGAUGGAAUAGAAGCAACACUAAAGCUUUGUUCUGGCUGUCCUGGAGGAUUUUUGGGGUUGUUUUUAUUUUUUUUUUUGGACCCAGUCAGAGCAGGGAGAGCCACCAGUGCCCUUCAGAGACCUCCCCAAACCCAACCUAGCUCUAAAUCCAAUUCCAAACUUGCCACUCGAGUAGCUGAAUGUUUUUUUUCCAUGGAACUCUUGCUGCUGCAGCCAGGAGUUGUCGUGGGCCGUGUCCCCGCCGUGAGCCCCAGCAUGCUCAGUGUGACUGCAAAGCACCCGUGUGCAAACGCUCUGUACAGUGGGGCCAGGG